AAAUAAAGGUACAGUGCGAUAGGACAAUAUACAAAACUUCCAAAAUGACGGACCGCCGGUUCACAGGCUUGCAAAGGCAGGUCCUGGGCCUGUACCGGGCAUGCUUGCGCAGUAUCCGUGCGAAACCUGAGGAGGCUAGGCCUAGCUUAUUUGCUUUUGCCCGCAGCGAGUUUGAACGAAAUCGAAACAUUAGCCCACGGGAUAUUCAACGAAUAGAGCAUCUCCUGCGCCAUGGAAGGAAGCUCAUGGAACUGCUCAAGGCAAGCGAAGCCAAAGGGGUAAUUUUUCGAUCAGGGUAAGGCAUGUUUUAGUCAGGCCGGCUUGGAAGGUAUUCAGAGAGGCCAGACAUCGACGUCGGGAAGGUGUUCAGAGAAGCCAGGCAUCGACUUCAGGAAGAUGUUCAGGCAUUUUAUAUGGCUUUACCAAUGAAUCGUCUUGCGCUGCCAAGGAAACAUGCUCUUAUCACGGUCCAAGGGCCGUUGUUCGGGAAUGUCCCGUCCCACAGACGCGGCAGCUCAUGCAGGACCAGGACCGGAAAAGUGGCGUAAAUUCUGUGGAUUUGGGGAAGACUGCUUGGCUAAUCCGACAGGUCAACUUCCUGGAACCUUUUCACAGCUGCGGUAGCGCGGUUGUCCAGCUGGUGUGUAGUCCUGUCGCGGAAGCAGCGGGUGUAAGACAAAGUGCUUUUGGGGAUCACACGGGAAAUGGGGAAAGCUGU